CGACUUUCUAACUCGUCAGUUUAAAGGGAGAUUUAGGUGUAAAUGAAAUUUAAUAUUCUAAAAAUGGUUAUAUCAGAAAAGCCGAAUAUAAACCGGCCGCCAUGUUCCGGGCCCUUGAAUGAGUGUCAUUCGAGAAUGGAUAUGAAUUAUUAUUCGGAUAACGAGGAAGGAAGUCACGUAAAUGGGAACGACCUUAGUCCUAGAGUGGAUGAAAAUGGAGGCAAUCUAUUACGAAUGGAAACGUUUAUCGGCGCGGAGAGGCCGUGCAACAUUAUCGACUACAUGCAUGAAAAAAGCAAUAUCGGCAAUGUAAAUUGGCCCGAGUCCCGCAUCGGACAUCGUGCCGCUUUUCAAGAGCGGCCUAAUUUAUAUGAAUUUGAUUUACCGACGCCGAUAUUGGGGCAUAAAAAAUUUCAAUUCGAAAUUACGCCGUGCCACGGGGACGGCAAGGACGCGGGGAAUUUCAAUUAAAUGGCAUCUUGCAAAAUAUGUGAACGCCUUAAGUGAGAAUUAAAUUUAUCGCCGUUGUCUAACUGCA